AUGUGGAUUUUCUGCACUAUUUUCGAGCCAUUGCUUCAAAUGGUUCUCAAGAAGGUAAGUUCUGCUCACGAGAUGUGGAGUGAUCUAGAGAACCAGUUUCGCACCAACAAAGACACAAAGAUCAUUCAACUUGACAAUGAAUUACGCACUAUUACUCAAGGUGAUUAUGAUAUCGCCUCUUACUGUACUCGAAUCAAAUCCAUUACAAACAUGCUUGAUAAUAUUGACUCUAUUGUUCCUGAAAAGAACAUUGUUAUUUAUACUAUCAACGGAUUACAUCCCAAGUUCGAGAAUGUUGCUACAAUCAUUCAUCAUAGUGAUCCCCUGCCUUCAUUCCUUAAAGUCCGCUCAAUGCUCAUGGAUCAAGAACAACGCCUCAAACAAAUUGCUACACCACCCAAUUCUAGUGCAACUUCUUCUUCUCCUACUAUUUUGAUUUCUGAACAGCAACAUCAAAACAUUAAUAAUCCUUCUAGUUCGGAAAAUUUUAACCACCGAGGUGGUCGAACCAGUGGUCCAGGACGAGGAAGGGGUGGCGAAAGUCGUGGUGGUCGUUGGUCUCACAAUUCCAGUCAACAUGUUCAUACACCACGGACUUGA